AUGGGAAGACAGCACUUGGCCAAGGUGCAGCUCUUCCAGGAGUGGUUUCUGAAGAAGCACUCCCUUGACUUGUUUUUGCCUUGGAAGCCCGAAGCCGUCGAAGACGGUGAGGAGUUUGGCAUCGAGCUGCGCGCCGAUGAACAUGGAGGAACUGGUGUUUAUGCGCGGCACAGGCUGCAGCCCGGCGAGGUCUUGGCGCAGAUACCCACCUCAGCUCUGCUCUAUAGCGCCCGCGCGCGGCAAGCACUGCCGGCGAGUUGCGCCACGCUGCCCUUGACUGAGGAGGAGUUCCUCUGGCUCUACAUGAUUUGGGGCCGUGAGGACCCACAGUAUGAGUGGCAUCCCUACUUGCAGCUUCUGCCUGCCCAAGACCCGCUGCGCUGGCUGUGGGACCCAUGCGCCCAGCGCUGGCUGGCAGGGACACCCAUAGAUGCCAAGGAGGUCUUGGCGGAGCAGCGGCGCCGGCACGAAGAGGUCUCGCGGCUGCUGGGGGACCAGGCGGUGAGCUGGGAGCAGUGGCUUUGGGCCCGAGGCUGCUACCUCUCCCGGAGCUUCGACCAAGCGGCCUUCCCCAGGUCUGAUUCCUGGGGCUCUGCGGCAAUGUGCCCACUGCUGGAUUCCAUGAACCACUCCGCGCACGCGGAGGUUGAGGCUCGCUACGACAUCGACUUUGCAGGCCUUUGGCUUCCAGACACGGGCUCCUAUGAGGCCGGCGAGGAGGUCUUCCACUUGUACAAAGGCAACGCAGACAAUGCCACGUUGCUGCAGAACUACGGCUUCAGCUUGAUGGACAACCCAUUUGAUUGCGUGGAGGAGCUGGAGCUGCCAGAGGCAAAGCUGCAGCUUGCAGAGGCCCUCACCAUGGACACCCAAGAGGCCCCGGAGGAGCUCCUGAUGCUUUGCGCGGAAGCCAAAGGCCGCCAGUACCAGGCUGAUGAGGCCAGCUGCCGGCACAAGGCCAAAGUGUGCAAGUGGGCGCUGAAGCCGCUUCGCCAGAUGCUGAGCAGAAUGCAGGAAUUUCCAGCUGGCUGCGCUGUGUUGUUGAACCUCAGGGGCACCCUGGGCCGCUUUGCGGGACGCGAGGCAAAGCGCAGGGCCAAGGCCCGUCGUCCAAAGGCCGCUGCGCUGCUCUUACCCUUUUCGGGGCCAGCCAGGGACGCCGCGAUUUUCGCCCUGGGCCGGUUUCGGAUUCUACGGCGGGCUGCUGCAGCUGUGCAGGAAAGUGCCGAGAUGGCCAUCCUGGCCGCGCGGAUGGAGCAGAGACAAGCGCAGACGGCCGAGUGA